GUGACGAUAGCGUUCAUCUCUCCGAACGUCUUGUACUCAAAUUUCGCAAGCUCCGCGGCUCCGUCUUGCACGAAUUAAAUUUCCGGCCGUGUCAGGAAAAACGCGACAACGCUAUAAUAGAUAACGCAGAAUUCGGCGCUGGGUGGAGCUGAGACUUUCGGAGAUAACGCAACUUAGAAUCACACUGAUAAGCACUUAAGCAACAUUAUCGGAGCACGUGCAGGGAAGCGGCCGGAGCAGAGAACAGCUGACGGGCGAUUCGAAUUUCGCGCGGAGUGUACACGCGUGUCACGUGACCGGCGAUCGCGCGGGCAGGCGGGCCGAGGUUAUAAAUAGGAGUAGGCUAGCCGCGGGGAGCCUCUUUCACUUCCCGCUACGCGUCGCGGCGCGUUGUCCGUCGCCCAUUAGCCCCGAUCAUUACGCGGUGUGCCGUGUGCCUGUGUGGAGGCUGUGGAGCUCGUGCUCUCCUCACGCGAUCUGAUCCGCUCUCCCUCUCGCGCACGCCGUCGCUCGUACGUUCGCUCGCUCGCUUCUCAGGAAGCCCACCCUCGAGAGAAGAGGAGGCCACAACAGGUAACGAUUCCGGCGACUCCAAAUCUUACUGCACUCCCAGGUGGUAACCUCAGAGCGGGAACCUCGCGCGUAAACCACAGGCAAGAGGAAACGACGACGACGACGACGACGAGGAGGAGGAGGAGCAUCAGGCACGUGGAGGAAAGAAGUUCACUCGCGGCCAUAACGCACGGUAGCAGCGGGGCUCGGCGAUACAACGGCGGUACACCUGGAACGGAACUGAGUGGCGAGCACCCGCUACGAGACGACGAGGCGACAACGGCGGCGACGACCCCGAAACGCAGGAAGAUGCCGGAGACCGCGCACCAUAUGAACGGCUACGCGAACGGCCACGCGCCGCCCGAGCUGCAGCAAGACACCGCGUUCUUAUUCACCUCGGAGUCGGUCGGCGAGGGACACCCAGAUAAAAUGUGUGAUCAAAUAAGCGACGCCAUUUUGGAUGCACAUUUGAAACAAGAUCCCGACGCUAAAGUUGCAUGCGAAACUGUUACGAAAACUGGGAUGAUACUCUUGUGCGGAGAGAUUACAUCAAAAGCUGUAGUGGAUUAUCAGAAGAUCGUACGAGAUACAGUGAAACACAUCGGUUAUGAUGAUUCCUCCAAAGGAUUCGAUUGGCGUACGUUGAACCUUUUGGUGGCGAUCGAACAGCAAUCCCCAAAUAUUGCGGAUGGUGUUCAUACGGACAAGCAAGAGAUGGACGUGGGUGCAGGUGAUCAGGGUCUAAUGUUCGGUUACGCUACCGAUGAAACCGACGAAUGUAUGCCACUGACGGUCGUACUGGCGCACAAAUUGAAUCAAAAAAUCGCCGAGCUGAGACGAAGUGGUGAAUUGUGGUGGGCUCGUCCAGAUUCAAAAACACAGGUAACCUGCGAAUAUAUCAUGGACCAUGGAGCCUGCGUACCUAUAAGAGUCCAUACUGUUGUGGUAUCACUGCAACAUAGUGAAAAAAUUGGUCUAGAUGAAUUGCGUAAAGCGGUCAUGGAGAAGGUCAUCAAAGAAGUAAUACCAGCAAGAUAUCUAGAUGAGAGAACAGUCUUCCAUGUGAAUCCUUGCGGGGUUUUCAAUAUUGGUGGACCACAGAGUGACGCUGGUCUUACUGGACGGAAGAUCAUCGUAGAUACGUACGGUGGUUGGGGAGCGCAUGGUGGGGGUGCAUUUUCCGGUAAAGACUUUACAAAGGUGGACAGAUCAGCUGCUUAUGCCGCAAGAUGGGUUGCCAAAUCCUUGGUAAAGGCUGGCCUUUGCAGACGCUGUCUUGUACAGGUUUCUUAUGCAAUUGGAGUGGCGGAGCCAUUGUCUAUUACAGUUUUCGAUUAUGGCACAUCUACACGUUCUCAAAACGAGCUCCUAGAUAUAGUGAAUAAGAACUUCGAUUUGCGACCCGGAAAAAUCGUCAAGGAGCUAAAUCUUCGCAAUCCUAUUUAUCAACAAACCAGUACGUAUGGUCACUUUGGACGAGACGGUUUCACAUGGGAGCAACCAAAAAAAUUAAUUCUCGAUGAUUGAUGAGAGGGUGAAUCUUAAAUUGGUCUCGGCGUUUCUCGAUUUUAGAUAUCCGAUAGAACAUCUGUUUCUCUUUCUCUAACUAUCUCCUUCUCUAUCUCUUCCUCUCAGAGAAGUAACCGUGUUAUUACAAAUAAUGAAAACUAAAGAAUUUCGUCCGCGAUACUUCGAUCUCUGUGUGCCGCAGCCACCACCGAGAUCACCGAUUUCUUACGCCAAUACUUAGAGAGGACUAGGUAUAGGCAGUUCUCUUUCUAGUUCUUUUGCCAUGAAAUACCGCAUUAUAUGUGACAACAGGCAUAGUACAAAUCUCGUCCAUAUGUGGAUAUGGACAAUCAUUUCUUCCUUCAUUCUAUUUUCGGUUUUUCGCGUGGUGGUAUAUCUUUUAACGGCACAACAAACACGUAGACAUAAUUGAUGCAUUACGCAAGAAAUAAGGCAAGCCUAUAUUAUAUGGAUCCCAUUGUAUGUUUCUCCAUGUUCAGGUUUUGAAAACUUUUUUCAACUAAUGAAAAUUAACAUCAAUUUGAUAAGAGGUUGCAAAUCGAUUCUUUUUCGCAAAUAUUCUUUACUUAUACUAAAAUAUGAAGAAGGGAAACUUGUAGUGAAUCAAAUUUUCAUCUGAAGAAUAAACACAGGCGCUAUAUUGAUAUGUGUUUUCAGAUUCGGGAAUGUAACUGCAGUCUCAUAGAUUUUUAGCUAUAUUUGUAGUCCCUCGCACGUACAUGAAAGUUCGAUACUUCAACUUGAUCAACUAAUGAGUGGGCUAAUUUUUAAUUAGAAUGCACAGAUUAUACAUUGCAGGUUUACUUAAAAUUUUAUUUCGCUAAGGACAUUUAUUGAUUUAUCAAUCGAUCUUUCGUGUACGUAUCUUCAUUAGAAUUAUUAAUCGUUGAGAAAAAAAAGUGUAAAUUAAUGACAAUGUGUCCACGGCAUAUGUAUAGCAAAGAAGGAAAUGACGUUUAUUCGCGCGUUUGUGAACGUGUUCACGUCAUGAAAUCACGUUCGCGUUCACGAUUUCACGGCAGAUAAUAUGAUACCAAAUUGGAUGCAUUAUCGACUAGCUGAACCAUUGUUAAAUAUUUUAGGAUUUAAAAAUCAUAUUAGUCUAAUUGAACGGCUUCGUUGUAAAAAUAGUUUUCAUCGUUUUAUAGUAUACCCGCGAAUAUUGGUAACUAUGCAAACGUAUUUAAUCGCUCCAUGAAGUGUACGGUCAUUUCCCUCUUUGCUAUUGUUUUAACUAAAUAGAACAAUUGCAGCAGAUAUUACAUUAGAGAAAGCGAAACCAUUGAAAAUCUAAUCCCGGUAGAGGUCCAGCACAGACCGUGUGACGGAGCUCGGAACUGUUGUAGAAUUUUUCAAUGUUUUUUGGUACAGAUAAAAAAUGUCCGACAUUGUCGGAUUUUAAUGUGAGAAACAUUAGUGCUGUAAAAAGAUUUAGUCAUCUUCUGGCAGAAUUCAUGUGUGCGACUUGCGACUUGUAAACCAUAUCGGCAAUAUGUAAUAGUGCACAAGUUCGUAAAAAAAAAGACACAAAAUAAAACGGAUUUUUUAAUAAAAGCAUUUCUUGUCGUUUUGUGUACUACCGUACCAUUAUACAUGCAAAGCAUAUUUAAUCCUCAAUCUUCCUACGAAUUUUACGCGACGCAUAAUUUGCACUUAAUGGACCAAUGUUGCAUUUCUGUGAACAGUUUCCCCGAUAAAUGGCAUGAGCUCUGUCGCACAAGACGCUGCGAUUAGCUGUAUAGUCGUGAACAUAAUAAGCAAUUUUUAUAUGCAUUUGCACGAUUAUUCUUUAGUAUUCGAUGAUAUGAGAUGUAUAACGUGUAGAAUAAUCCCUAGCCCCGAAUAGUCCUCGCGUGUUCUGCCUUGCCGCGCAUUUUGUUAAAUUAUAGCAAUACUUUUACGGUGUAAAAUAUAUUAUAAAUGCGCGCGUAUCCAAUGAAGUAGAUUAUUAAUAGCGUACAUUAUACACAUACACACAAACACUAAUUUGUUAGUACAUUUAUUCCAAUGUAUAUAAGAUUUUUCCAUAUUCUCUCCUUUUAUAUAGAAUAAUUUUGUUUCAUAAUAUUUUUUCCCGUACUGUUUAAACAGAAAAUAUAUAAAUGGCUAUAAAUAUAUAUAGCAUAAAAUAUGGAUUUAGUAAAUUAGACGAUUAUAAAAAUAGUAAUUAAUAAAACAGCAUUUAUGUG